AGAGAGAGAGAGAGAGGUGGAUAGAGCCGUUUGAUGUCAUGACAACUAAACAGUAAAAAUCAAUAUAAAUACUACUACUUUCUAUGUUAGUUCAUAUCGUGAGUUGAUUUAAAUAUUAACAGUUAUCGAGCAUUAAAGUCCAUUUUGCAUAAGAAUAUCAUUAAUAUUUAGAAUCAGUCAAUCGGGUAAAUCGUGUAUUUGUUGGUAGAAUGGACAAGGACACUUUACGCAAACAGAUCGAGAAUAUGAGAUACCAGGCGUUGAUGGAAAGAUGGCCUCUCUCUAAGUCUAUUCAGGCAUUGCGUGAAUACAUAGAGGAGAACGAGACUCAGGACCCACUCAUUCACACCCCCGACAAGAAGAACAACCCGUGGGCUGAAAAGGGGAAGUGUUUGGUGAUGUAGUGCCCGCACACACCCACACACACCCGGCCGCACAUUAUUUGCCAUCUUUUACAACACUAUACAAGUGUUUUUAAUUCAAUCAUGGUACUUUUUGUAACACAACAACACUAAUGUAGUGUUAUUCUCGGAAAUAUUUCUUAAUUUUAGUUGUCGUUCAUGUAAUUCAUGUAAUUUAUGUAAUGAUUUGUUCAU